AUGAUAACAGUUAUGGAUGACUUGGAUAUGCAUGACAUCGAAAACAAUCAUCUCGAUGAAGAAAAUCAUCAGUUCGGUUCUAAUGAUUCAGAGAUUCUUCAUAACAAGAAAAAUCAUUCGGAAACCCAAGAUAUGAAUGACAUCGGAAAUGAUCAUUACGACGAAGAAAAUCAUCAAUUCAGUUCUGGUGAUUUAGAGAUUCUGCAUAAUGAUGAAAAUCAAUCGAAAAUCCAAGGUAAUUCUGUUACUGAUAUCGGUCACUACUAG